GGGAACCAACACAUGCAGACGGUUUCACCUUCGAAUAUAUCAGCGCCGUUCUGUGAGUUUCCCGUGGGAUGUUCCAUCGGCUGCACUCUCUCCGAGUGAAGAUGGAUCGCUUCUUGCCUUUCCCCAUCCCGAUUGGCAGCCAUAUCCUGGUGUCCCCCCCUUAGGAGGGUGCGAGGCCCCUGCCUGGACCAUGUCGGGGGAGUGCGUGCCGCCUCCCUUUGCCGACCUGCCGCCGGAGGAGGAGGAGGAGGUGAAGCCGUCGACCUGCGCCCUCUGCCCGUAUGUGACACAGAGCGCUGAGGACAUGCAGGCGCACAGGAUGUCCCACGCCCAGCCUCAGCUGCUCGCGGCCCCCGGCCCCGUCAAGCGGGAAGCCCCGAUCGAGUGGUGGGCGGCGUGUGACGGGGAGACCUCGGAGGGCAGCGACGGCGGCCUGUGCCCGCGGGGAGGCCCGCACGCCUGGGAGAACCCCGGACGGGAGAGACCCUGGCUCUUUGAGGAGAGCCCGGACAGAGGGACGGCGGCGGGGCAGGGGGGCGAGGGGGGCCCGGAGACGGAGGAGGAGGAGGAGGAGGAGGACGUGGAGGAAGAGGACGCCAACUACAAGGUGGUGGUGGUCGGCGAGGACGGGAAGGGAGGGGGGCCCCUGAUACAGCCCGGGGCGCCCAACGGGGAGGUGGACCCCGAGGCGGGGUCGCCGCUCACCCUGGGAGCCCCGGCCCCGCCGGGGGAGAGCCGUGCAGCCCUCAACAAGCAGAGGUGGCAGUCCAAACAGUACCAGUGUGACCUGUGCCCGUAUGUCGCGAGGGGCAAGCAGGACCUGAGGACCCACGAGAGGGAGACCCACCUCAGGGAGGGCAGCGACGUCAUUCACUGCAGUCAGUGCAGUUACUCCACCAACAAGAUCUCCUUCUGGCGCCAGCACAAGCUGGUACACAUCAGCGCCAGUGGCAGCCCCGGCCGUAUCUACAUGUGCAAGACCUGCGGCUGGAAGACCAAGUACCGGCACUCGCUGGUCAAGCACAUCGCCCUGCACACGGGCAACAAGUCCUUCCAGUGUGACCAGUGCGGCUUCGCCUGCGCUCGCAAGGAAAACCUCAAACGCCACAAGCUCACCCACCUGAAGAAGGGCGUGGACGGCAAGGGGCUGCUACUCAAAUGCAACUGGUGCGAGUACUCCACGGCGCACAGCAACGCCCUCCGCAGGCACGCCGUGACCCUGCACAAUGCCGAUGAGAACUAUGUGCCGGAGUAUCACUGUGACAUCUGUGAGUUCAAGACAACGAAGCUCAGCAAUUUCUCCAACCACAAGAUUACCCACCUGUACGGGUACAUGAUGGUCCAUGUGAACCAGACGGGGCCGCUGCGCUGCAGUCUGUGUCCGUUUGUAAGUGACCACUGGGACUGUCUGCAGGAGCACCAGAGGACCCACAAGGAGCUGCGCUGUAUCCAGGACACGCUGGGGAGCGGGCCGGGGCCUGCACAGGAAGAUUCCGCACCCACCCGUCCGCCGGGGCCCGCCGCGGAGGGGGCGGAGGUGGCGGGAGGGGGAGCGAGCCAGGCUGCUACACACGACGAUGAGAUCCUGGCACUGGGCAAGAUAAUUGGGACCAUUGGGCAAUAUGUGAAGGGGGCCCUGGGCACGGAGGAGGAGAUCGAAUACUGUGGUACAAGCUACCCGUCAGUGCCAGAGCCGGGGGGUCAGCCUGGAGCAGGCGAAGGGACCGCAGACUGGCAGACCCAGGACUCCAGCAUGGCGGUGGUGGCUGUCAAUGGCAUGGAAGGUCCCAGCCGAGCCAGCUGGAGGAAGAGGAGGAGGCCAGUGUUGGCUGCUGGGAGCGGGCAGCCCCCGGGCGGAGGCUGGGAGGGAGUCACGAGGCAGGGCCUGGCACCGCACCUGGCACGGCACGGGCCGGUUAAGCGGCUGCGCUGUGGUCAGUGCCGCUUCACGUGCCACAAGAAGGAGAGACUGAGGCGCCACACGCUGACCCACGGGGUGAGGCGGGCCGCGGACGCAGCGGGGAGGACACAGGCUCACGCACCCGACGUCGGGCAAGAUGUGCCACCAGAUGGGGGAGCUGUCUCCAGUCCUCGUCUGGCAGGUCCGGAGGGGAGCCCGUGCCCAGGACCACAGCCGGUUUGCCCAGGCUCUGAGACGGCCAGGCCGGGGAGGGAGAGGGCCGUGUCAGUGCAGGAAGAGCGCCUCCUGCUGGAAAAGGAGAGGCUGCAGUUUGAGAAGGAGAAGUGGAAGGUGGAACGGGGGCUGGUGGCCUUACAGCAGCGAAAGCUGCAGCUUCAGAUUCUGCUCCUGGAGCGACAACUCAACAUCAUACCGACAGCCCCAGCCCCCACAUGACAGAGCGCCAACUCCCUGCCACCCCUCCC